AAUAACGCACUCACAGUUUCAUCAAGUGGGUUUUGGCUUCUUCGACCAUGAUCUGCACUUCCACAAGAGGGGCAUCCUGGGAUAUGAUGGUCUUCAUCUCCCUUCAAAAGGGAGGCAGUCAGAGACCAGGAGAACAUCUGCUGAGUUCAGGAGGGCAGAGCUGCCUUGUCCAGGUCCUCAGACCUGUCCCUUCAGCUGGAAACUCAACUCACAAAUGGGUGUCAGGAAGCUGGUGCUACCAUUGCUGUCUGUGGCUUCCCUGUUGCACAUAGCUGCCACACUGAGGAUCAGUGCUUUCAACAUCCAGGCAUUUGGAGACAGCAAGCUAUCCAAUGAGACCGCUGCAGAUAUUAUCAUCAAUAUCCUGUCUAGGUACGAUAUUGCCCUGGUGCAGGAGGUGCGGGACUCUGAUCUCAGUGCUGUGACAAAGCUCGUGGACCAGCUUAACAGCAUGACAAUGGAUGCCUAUUCCUAUGAGAGGAGCAAGCCCCUGGGCCGGGAAAGCUACAAGGAGAUGUACCUCUUCAUCUACAGGAAAGAGGUGGUGUCUGUGGUGGACAGGUACCAGUAUGAGGACCCAGAAGACAUCUUCAGUCGGGAGCCUUUCAUCAUGAAGUUCUCCUCACCCUAUUUGAAGGUGAAGGAGUUCGUGCUGGUACCCCUGCACACAUGCCCCCACACGGCCGUCACAGAGAUUGAUGCCCUCUAUGAUGUUUACUUAGACGUCAUUGACAAGUGGGAGACUGAUGAUAUUAUGUUCCUGGGGGACUUCAAUGCGGAUUGCUCCUAUGUCAAAGAAGGGGACUGGGAGCAUAUCCGCUUGCGCACCAGUGAGGUGUUUAAGUGGCUCAUUCCUGAUGAUGCAGAUACGACCGUGGGGAAGUCAGACUGUGCCUAUGACAGGAUCGUGGUAUGUGGCUCUAAACUGAGGAAAAGCAUAGUGCCCAAGUCUGCAACUGUUUACAAUUUCCAAAGAGCUUUCAAGCUGGAGCAGGCAGAGGCCCUGGCUGUCAGUGACCAUUUUCCUGUUGAACUGACACUGAAGACUCACUAAAGCAUCCUACUUCAUGCACCAGUGCUGCUCAGAUCUUCACCCCCUCUCCUACUGCAUCAAAUGCACUCACCAGCAGCAGCAUGCACAGUCCCAGCAAACCAGCUGCUGCCUCCUUCUCAACUGGCUGGCAUUUAAGUCACUGCUACACUGCUGGAAGGUGCCAAUCAGCCACUCAAGCACCUGACAUCUUCUUAGCAACAGAAGAGACCAGCAUAAGCAGCAGCACUUCACCCACAGAACUAUACAUACACAUUGUUCUCUGUGUUCCAAAGGGAUCCAGGCUCCAAGGCCCAAGCAGCCCUUGAACCCUCUAGCUGGAAAGGCUUUCCCAGUAGCUGUUGACCCUCCACCGGUCAGAGCAGAGGGGCUCAUGGCUGGAGCUGAACUGGCAAUCUAGAGACUAAAUGAUUUCCCAAAAGCAGCCACCUUCAAGCAGCAGUCAGUCAACAGGCCAUUCUUAUUCAGUCACAGCAAUGGCUACACAUCACUUUAGGAUUUCAGCUGCAGGCUCUGAACCUGCUACACACA